AAAAAAAACCAAAACCAAAACCAAAACAAAAUAUGUAUAUAAGUGAGCAGAGUAAAGUUUGAGGGAGAGUAAGGGGGAGGGGACAGAUUACCGUAGUUAUAAUUUUUCAGCGGCAAUCCGCGUAACGUGUUCCUGAUUAUAAUAUGGUGCAGUCGUACCGUUGUAGAUUGCAACUAAUCGUAUUUGCUGUUCCGACAAUUUUUUUCGCUGGUCCUGUCUCUGCCAAAUUCUGCAAUGGAGGGCAUGUUUGCUCUCCGCCGAAGGAGUGCUGUACACUUGGCUGUUGUUACGUCUAUUCGCCACCUGCUCCAACACUGUUUGAGAUGUUUGCAUUCUUGAUUUCAACAUACUGGUAUUUAUUGGCUGCAAUCCUGAGCGGGUUAGCUUUGGCGACAAUUUGCGGCUGUUGGCUUUGCCAUAGACUGCAUAGGAGGGACGAGGCUUCCGAAGAUGGGAGCACUUCCGAAAGGACCUCCUCCGUAUCUUUUUAUCCGCCGCCGCAUUACAGCAGAUGUAGCUCUUUCAUCCAGGCCCUCCCACCACCUUAUAACGAGGUCACUGCAAAACCGGAUUUAUAUCCACUGGUAAUAGGCUACGAUGAAGGAAUUGGCAAGGGGACAUCUGGUUUCGUAAUGCGUUACUUCCGGACAUUGUCGCACGCGAGUACACUCGAUUCUUUGAGCUCGAGUUUUAUGUGCAACGUUGUAAAUGAGGCUAACACGAUAAUCCCACCCCCGUAUUCGUGUAACAAUAGUCUCGACGGACUUUCGACAAUGGGCGGUUGCGAGAGAGGAGAAAUCAUCAAUGCCGGAUCGAUUGUUUCGCUAGCAAAUAAUAGAACCACGUCUGACAUAUCGAGUUUGGCUGCUCAAUCACCGUGUUCGCCACCCAGAGCUACUAGUCCCACUGUAGAGUUACGAGAGCUGCUCGACAAAAUCCAACAGCUUCCUCAAGUGCCAAGUGAACUGAAUUUUCCACCGAACACUCACAACCGGAAUCAUCAUGAAAAUCGUCCCAACAAUAUACAACAGAGACCAGUGAGUCCGGGUGAAAUCGCAUCGUCGCGUGGUAGAAGAGCACGCGGAAAAAUGUAUAUGCCGCUUGGAUUGCCGAGUUCUCGAAACAAAACGAAACGUUGGCUUUCACGUUCCGCACCGACUACUCCUUCGGGCACUAUUCCCUUAUCUCUUUUCCCGGGACAAAGCAGAAGGCCUUCGGAGCACACUGACAACAGCUGCGGUCAACAAUUUGUUCCUUUACUGGCCGAACAGGAUGAAAACGAUGCUGGAAAUACUUUGCUUCAUUGCGGCAGCAGCGAACGUGGCUCCUCAUUACCCGAACAGGAGGAAGAACAAUUAUGACAAGAUUAUUAUUUAAUUUAAGUCUUUCUUUCGAGUCGUCACUUAUAUGGUAGUAGAAGCUAUCGGCAAUAUCUCAUGCGUUCGGAACUGGAAACGAGGAGAAAAAAAAUAUAAUGAAUCAAUGUGUUUUUCAUUCCUCGGCAAGUUAGACAUUUUUUUUAAAUAAUUGAGACUGCUUAAGCAACAAACCUAGUCAUUUAUUUAUUCUAACCACUACUAUUGCUACUACUACUACUACUACUACUACUACUACUACUACUACUACUACUACUACUACUACUACUACUACUACUACUAUUACUACUACUACUACUACUACUACCACCACCACCACCACCACCACCACCACCACUAUUAUUACUAAGUACACGCUUGUUUUAUGCAAUUUUUUUGUAACGUCAAAUUUGAUUCGCAUACUCGGAAAUGAUUUAAACAUUAAUCUGGAAGAAAAAAGAAAUCGCCUACUUUAUAGAUCAGUAGAUAAGAAAAAAAUUUUUUAGUGAUGUAGUGUCGGUGAGAAUGAUGAAUAAUCGGACGUGAAACAGAGACGAGCGAGCUGUUGAUACUAAACUCUAAUCUUUUACUGCCCUCGGCGUUUAAUCGUGUUAAAUAUAUUUCGGUGAUAAUAAUUCCAGUGUUGACCUAAUUAAUAAAAAUGCUACGAAUCCCGGAAUAGUUGGGAUAGAUCGCGUAUAGUGAAAUUAAAAAUUGCUAGAUAGAAUUUUCUCUUCAAGUAACUUUGACUUGCGUUAUCAUAACAGCAAAUUAAAAUAACUGCUUCUCAAAUUAUUUACAAUUGUAUAUUUUUCAAGGUGUUGAGAAGCAAAGAGUGUAACGCGUUUUAAUUUUUAUUGGAAAACAAAUCGUUAAAUUACUUUUUUGCAACUUUUUCAAACGUUUUCUCGCUAUACCAAACCAGCUCAUUAUAACUGGAACUUGAUAUUUUAUUUGAAAAAAAUUUUUAAAAAAUUUGUAAUUGUGUAUAGAGUUAAACGGAUUGAACGUUAUGACUAUGCUCUGGAGCAGAGAUUAUAAACAAUUUAAGUGAAAAAAGCUGUAAAUAAUGGGCUAAACAAAUCGUGUUUCGAAGAAUUAGAUUGACUUGAAAAAAUAAUCAAACGCGUCAAUCUUCGUGGACGACUCUCUAUGUGAGCCUCAAACUUCAACUUGAAAGUCGGGGAAUUAAGAAAAAAAGAGGAUAACGCGCGCGCACCACACACACACACACACACACACGUGCACGCGCGCACGCGCACCCACAAUCCAGAAAUAACGGCCACCCAAAGAACUUUAGCAAAGGUGAAGAUGCGUCCGAGACAAUAUUAAUUUAUGAUAUCAAGUCCGUCAGAACAUAGUAUGAUAAGUUUUGAAUCUCAAGUGGCAAAAAUGAUAAACUUUCGAAUUUGAUAAAACAGCAAAGAGCGAAAGAGAAAGAAAAAUGAGGUGGUGUGCACAAACCAUACCAUAUUUAUAAACAUAUAGAUAUGAAACACUGAUUAGUUUUAAUAUUUGUGUAUGGUAUGCACGGAAGGUUCACGUUCCAAUGAUUCAAAGAAAAAUUUCAAGAUUAAGUUCUUGCAUCGCAAUGCGCACAUUGUACAAUGUUAUUAUGAAAUUGAAUGAAUGUCAUUAAAAUUAGAUGAACGUAACGUGAUAAAUGUGAAAAUAAUUCAACCAACACGAAAAAAUGGUCAGAGCGAUUCGUUUAUCACAAUAUAUCAUUCGCGUACACCACACCACGUAUUGUCGUCAUGUAUUUUUUCAUGGAAUAUAAUACGAAUAAAUUCAGGCUUUUAUGAAAAAAAAUACAUUUGUUUGAGCUUCUGAUCUUCAA